CACACCUGGCAAAAAUCAGGCGGGUGCAAACACAAACCAUUCGACCCCACAAGUCUCGAACCAAUUGGUGUGCUGCCAUCGAUACGCAGAAACCUUGCUCCCACAAAAAGCCAAAAAAAAGAACCAGAACGGCCGCGAUUCCGCAUCGCAGGAACUCUUCGCAAAGAAAGCAAACCCAAUCGCAACGCCGCCCGCCACGCGCACAGCCCACGGCGAAAACACACCCAGCAUCGCUGCGGCCGAUACCAUUCGACUCGGCCCACAAACAAACCCCAAAACAAAGACGCACACGCCACAAUGGCCGGGACAGCGGGACUCGCCCGAGCGGCCGCUCGGUCCCUGGGGUUGCCACUGUCAUCUCCCGCGGCGCGAAGCGUCCCCCGGCGGGCCUUCGGGGUCACCCCCCUGGGCAGCCUCCCGAUGAAGGCGGGGACGGAGCUCGAGAGCCUUUCCAUCUUCAAGGGCCAGCCGGCCCCCGUCGUCGCCGAACGGGCCGAGUACCCCUCCUGGGUGGCCGAGCUCCCGACCCCCCAGCCGAGCCUGGCCGCCCUGAGGAAAAUCCCCAACGAGGAAGCGGACCUGGACCAGAUCAAGCGGUACCUGAAGCUGACCCGUCGCCAGGCGGUCCGCCAGCGGAACGAGGAGUCCGCGGCCUAGGCGGAGCGGAAGGGGAGCAAAACGCACGAACAAAGCAAAACAAAACAAAACAAAACAAAACCAAACAAAACAAAGCAGAUUUCUUAUGGUUUCGAUCCCAACUCGCCUUUCUUCUUCCGUGGCAUGCUUGCCCUGAGGAGCAACGUGCAAAAGUUUUCGAUGCCGUGUGCGGUGAGAUUUAGUGUGUUGUACCAUGCUACCAAAGCAGAAUCGAAGAUAAGGUAAUCAGCUUUUAAAACUAUUAUAAUCAAUCCAUUCCAUUCCA